UUUAUACAACAUUGGAAGUUUUCAAUUAAAAUUGAAUAAGGUUUUGAUUCUGAAUGUUUGUUUUGUUAUUUUAUUCUGUGCUUAACCGACUCAAUCAAGAGAAAUCAUUUAUUAUUAUUUAAUAUGGGGUUGUGUAUUUGUCGUGAUUGGAUUCUCAAAAAACGAGACUCAGUUUCCUCUCAAAGAGACUUGGACAAUGAUCACCCGAGAUCCACAAGAGAUCCUCAACUGGAAUCUCAACUCAGAAGAUCCUUAAGAAUCCAUCGCAAUGCCUUUCGUGCGAUGCGAUCCAAUGCAAUGUUACCAGAAGGUGACCAUGUUAUUGACCACCUUGUACUUGAUACUCCUAAUAUGAUCAGAACAUACCUAGAUUUUGGGACCCAAUUACCUCCUUCAAUGAUUCGUAUUCACGCUUUCGCAGAAACUGAACGAGGAUGGAUCUACGUAAUUAAAUCCAUGAUAAAAAAUAUUCCCAUAGAAAACCCUCUAGGAUCUGCUGCGAUUCUUCUUCUUUUAGAUGAAUGCCCAAUUCCAACUAAAGAAUCUGUUAAUAAAUUGACUAGUAGAUUGAAUUUGAAAAAUUCAUCGAUAAAGUCUAGCAAAGCACUAAUUCGACAUCGUAACAUUUGCGUUAUGCUUGGAUCAUUAGCCGAAAGACUUGCUGGACCAAACAGUAUCGCCAUACUUACACCGACCGUCUUGAAGUAUCUUCUAAGCAACCUCAACACUAAAAAUAAUCCUUUAAUCAUACUUUUCUCGCUGAUUGCUCUGGAAAAAUUUGCUCAAACCAGUGAAAAUAAACUUACUAUUCAUAAAAGAAUUCAAUCUUUACCUGAGAACCCGUUGUUAAUAUUAGAAAAAUGGAUUGAUGAUCCAGAUUAUGAUCGUCAACAAGUUGGUUUCUGUGCUCAAUGGUCACUCGAUAAUAUCUUUAUUCAUGAGGAUCGACCUUUUUCUUAUGAAAACGUUGACCGUAAAAAUCUCAACGUUUUGCUGAAUGCUAACGAUGUUAGUGAAUACUUAAAAAUUUCACCCAAUGGAUUGAUUGCCCGGUGCGACUCAGCAUCAUUCGAGAGUGUUAGAUGUACAUUUCAAGUUGAUGAAGGAAUCUGGUAUUAUGAGGUGACAAUUAUCACCAGUGGUGUUAUGCAAAUUGGAUUUGCUACCAAAAGUAGUCGUUUUCUUAAUCAUGAGGGUCAUGGAAUUGGUGAUGAUGAAUACUCAAUUGCCUAUGAUGGUUGUAGACAGUUAAUUUGGCAUGAAGCACACCCUUACCAAUUUAAACAUGGAUCUUGGAAGCAAGGUGAUAUACUUGGAUGUCUUUUAGAUUUAGUAAAUCUUAAGAUUAUAUUUUCAUUAAAUGGCGUAGCUAUGCCUCCAGUAAACCAUGUUUUUCAAAAUGCAGUUAAAGGUUUCUUUGCUGGUGCAAGUUUAAUGUCAUUUCAAGAGUGUAUUUUCAAUUUUGGUCGGGAACCCUUUAAAUAUCCACCAUCUGGAAUUAACUUCAAAUGUUUCAAUGAUUAUGCCAAUCCUACUGAGGAAGAAAAGAUUAUCUAUCCCAGGUUUAUUAUUUUGAAAAAUCUACAUAAAAGCUCUUUACGAGAUGAUUGUUGUACUUUGUGCUGUGAAAAUGUCGCUGACAUAAUGUUAUUACCAUGCAGACACGAUGGUUUUUGUUUUAAAUGUGCCAAUAUGCUUGAACUUUGUCCAAUGUGUCGAUUAUGUAUUGAUGAAAGAGUCCAACAGGAAAGUGCAGUUGCAGAAGAAGACGAUUCAAACGAAGCCAUGAAUCCUGAACAUAAUGAUACUUCAACGCCUAUUGAACAAGAUCUACAUUGAACACUUCCAAACUACAUCUUGAUAAUUUCCUCAAUUCGUCCUCUGUGUCCAUCAAAAGUCAAAAUCUUUACAAACUGAUCUUUUUGCAAUGAAAAUCAAGCAAAAGAGUAGUUCGAUUGAGCUUUCGUUUCGCCAUCCAUUCUACUUCUUGUCAUCUUUACAUUUAAAUAAUCAUUCACUCAACCAUUUAUAUUUUUUUACUCACUUUCAGCGAAACGAGAAAAAAAGCCAACAAUCUACUCAAUCUUAUGUAAUUAAGUUUGCAUUUCUGUUAUACCAUUUUCUGUUAGUUGUAAUGAAUGGUCUCAAAUUUAUACUUCAUCGUUUUUUUCAACGAUUUACAAACUGACAGCCAAUUUAGUUUAUGUUUACAUCAUUUAUUCUUGUUCAUCUUUCAACAUUUGACUUGAAAAUUAAGUCUUUCCAAUCUAUCAAUGGACAGUUUUUAAAGAAAAAGGUCAACAAUCAAAUUUUAACCAUUUCAUCUUUGCUUCAUCUCUUUAUAUCUACUUCCAAUGUCAUAUUCCGGUUCAUUGUUAUUCCCUUUCCUUUUUGCCUUGACGUUAACUACAACUAUUAAAUCUAAACAAUCCAAUUGCUAGGUUUAAAUUUGAAAAGGAAUCAUUCUAAUAGCUUUAUCUGAUCUCAAUUUUCAAUGUGAAAAUUACCGUUUGCAUGCGUUUGUCAACUCUGUUAGUCUGAUUCAAUCUGAAGUAUUCAACAAUUCAACCACAAAAUUUAUCCAUUCUCUAAUUGUUCCUCAAUGAUAAUCAACUUAAUAACUUCAUUCUCUAUGUUUAAUAGCAAAACCAAUAACUGUUUGCUAAAGACAAUUUCAACCACAACUUGGGCGACAUCAACUUAACUCGAUCAUUUUUCCUAGGAAUAGAUGAAAGACUUAUGAAACAUCCAAUCGUUUUUACCAACACUAACUGCAGCCAAUUAGUAAACCAACUGCGACUAAUCAAUGGUGAUAUUAAUUCAACUCUUGCCUUGUCAUCAUCAACUUCCAUCCAUGUACAAGUCCUGGUCAAGUCAACUAUCUACUAUUAUUCAAUCUUCAAGAUUGAACCUUUGAUUAAGACAACAUUUCUCAUUUCCAUGGGCUUUUGUUUUCCCUUUACAUAUACAGUAAAUAAUGUUUAUUGAUAUAUCUUACCAAAUCUGAAAGUCUAAUUUAAAGUUAUGUCUAAAUCAACCUGUGAUUGUCUAAAUCAAUUUUUCAAAGGACUUCAAUUGAUUUCAAUCACAUUAACUUAUCAACCAUUUUUUUCUAUCUGUUUCCUUAUAUUAAUGUUGUGUAUCAUAUGUAAUUAAUACUGGUUUCUUCUAAUUAAAUAGAGAAAUAAUUUAAAUAA